CCGCCGCUCAGCCAUUACUACUGUUACACCGCUAAGAAGAACAGCGGAUACACCCCCAGCCAAACAAGCCUUAAUUCGACGACCUUCAGCAACUUCAAGCUUUAUGUAUUUGGAUUUAACAUUUCUUACCCGUCGUCCUACUACUAUGGUCAUAAUGGAGGUGCCCACCAUCGACUGUGCGUCCUUCCGCGCUUUGUUGGAGGGCGACUCUCCGGGCUGCCUCGUCCUGGACUGCCGCUCCUUCCUGUCCUUCAACGCGUCCCACAUCGCGGCCUCCACCAACGUUCGCUUUAGCACCAUCGUGCGGAGGAGGGCGAGGGGCGGCCUGGGACUCGAGCACAUCGUCCCCAACGAGGACACCCGCAGCCGGCUGCUGUCCGGGGACUACCACUCGGUGGUGCUGCUGGACGACCGCAGUUGCGACUUAAGCCAGGCCAAGAAGGACGGGACUUUAAUGCUGGCCGUGGGGGCCCUCCACCGGGACCCCUGCGGAGCGAGUGUCUUCAUCCUAAAAGGUGGAUUUGACUUAUUUUCCCAAGAGUACCCAGACAUAUGCACCAAACCUUCACCCUCACAGGGGCUCAGUUUGCCCCUGAGCUCCAGCCACCCAAACAGUGCAGACCCAAGCUGCAGCCCGUGUAACACGCCACUCUACGACCAGGGCGGUCCUGUGGAGAUCCUUCCCUUCCUAUACCUCGGUAGCGCCUACCACGCGUCCCGAAAAGACAUGCUGGACAUGCUGGGGAUCAGCGCUCUCAUCAACGUGUCGGCCAACUGUCCCAACCACUUCGAGGACUCCUUCCUGUACAAGAGCAUCCCCGUGGAGGACAACCACAAAGCAGACAUCAGCUCCUGGUUCAACGAGGCCAUCGAAUUCAUCGAUUCCAUCAGGAAUAAAGGAGGUCGAGUGUUUGUCCACUGCCAAGCCGGCAUCUCCCGCUCGGCCACCAUCUGUCUCGCCUACCUCAUGCGCACCAACCGCGUCAAGCUGGACGAGGCCUUUGAGUUCGUGAAGCAGCGGCGCAGCAUCAUCUCGCCGAACUUCAGCUUCAUGGGCCAGCUCCUGCAGUUCGAGUCGCAGGUCCUGGCCACGUCGUCCUGCUCGUCCGAGGCAGGAAGCCCCGCCAUCUGCGGCGGCAGCAGCACCGUCUUCAACUUCCCGGUGUCCAUCCCGGUGCACUCGUCCGCCAAUCAGCUGUCGUUCCUCCACAGUCCCAUCACUACCUCGCCGAGCUGCUGAUGAAUAGACGGCAGGGACUUGUUUAGAUUUUUCUUUCGGACUACAAUAGUGGUGCUGGUAUCACUGGACUAAGUAUUCAUUCGACUGUGACUUCGUGUCCCGACUUCAUUUCAAGGGGAGACGUGGCAGCUGUACCGCCAAGUAUUGAUGCUAGUGGACGGUAUCUAAGUAUUUGUUGUCUUUCAUGAAGGCAUCUGCUUUUGAUAAUCAUUGUAUUUCAAGUAAGUCAACAAAUCAGCGACAGAUAACAGUAGUCUCAGGGAUGUUGACCUCCCAAUUGUCUGCUUCCUCAUUAAGGGAUCCAAUAUUACUGACAAUUUGUUUGAAGAACAAUGAAUGUAUCCCCUCUGUUGAUUGUGAAAGUGUGACAAAAGACCAAUUUGAAUGCAAAUGUCUGCCUUUGCUCGACGUGACGAUCCUGACUCAAUGGGGAAAGUGACCAUUAAUACCUCAUGUAUCUGUACUGUGUACUGCAAGCAUUAGUAGUCAGCAUCGACUGCUUUAUGACGUAUUUAUUAAACUAAAGUAAUAUAUUUCUUUAGCACAUCUAUUUUUGCAUAUGUAAAUGUUUUUUAUACCAUUCAAAUAAAUCUGCCUUGACUUUGUACCUUAAAAA